AUUUGGGAUCUCGAAGUGAAUAGUCAUCAAAGUAAAAACCUUUUAAUAUGAAGUGCAUUGUAAUACUGUGUUCGCUGCUUGGUCUGGUAUUGCUGAGCUGUGGAACGCACGCCGCUGAUUGUGAUGUAGCCAAGAAUCCGGAUGACAGUGACUUCAAGCAUUUCUUUACGAAACUGGGAUGCAAAGUUUCCAAUGGCGCCGAACAAGUGGCUGAGGCAGCCAAACCCUAUGCCGAUAAAAUUGGUGAAGGCGCUAAGCAAAUUGGUAGUACUGUUGUGCAGAACUACGAUGUGCUGAAGCAUCGGCUUAGCAGUGAUGGCUCCGGCUCCGGCUCCACACCCAGGCCACCAGUGGCAUACGAUGCGCCUACAGAGCGUGUGCCUCUGGCACCAAUUGCUCCCGCUCUGCCAGCAGAAAUUACAAACCCUCAACCUAUCGCUGGUUAAGUCUAUAAUUGGCCUAAUACUUACAAAGAUCCCAGUCUCAAACAUCAAAUUUUUUUUUUAUUUGUUUCUAUACUUAAUACAUUUUGUUAUUUAUGUAAAUUAUUUUAUCUAAAUUAUGUUCAAUUAAAUGUUUGUUACUGCAAUUAA